AACUUUUCAAUAUAAUGAAAAGAGAUGAGACGAAAAUGUCACGUAGAUCAAUAAGAAAAAAGUAAUAACAAUAAUUUAUCUUGAGACUUCGACUAGAACUAAUUUGAUCUUUUUAUUUAUCUCCCUCUCUCUCCUAAUAUAACCAACGAAUAAUCAGUCUUUUCGAAUAUAAACCUGUCAAUUAAUACGACGAUGCAUUUAAGAUGUUAUAUUUGACAAAAUGAGGUUAGAUCCGACAUUUCUCAUUCUUAUCGGAUUUUACUGGAAUUUGAUCGAAUGUUUGGUAGUUACGGCAACAAAUAAAAGUACGGAACCACAACUAGAGUAUAAACCGUUAGGUCCGUUGGUAUUGUGCAAAUUUCUUCCAAAGGAAUUCAUCGAAUGUGAAGAUCCAGUUGAUCAUAAAGGAAAUAAAACUGCAAAAGAAGAAACAGGUUUCGGUUGUGUCAAGUUUGGAGGAUCGCGCUAUGAAGAUGUGGAAAAAACUAAAGUAUUCUGUACUGUAUUGCCAGACAUAGAAUGUUUUGGUUCUAGAACAUUUUUUCGCAAAGGUGUUCCUUGCAUAAAAUACAGUGAACAUUUUUUUGUAACUACGCUACUUUAUAGCAUAUUGUUAGGUGUACUAGGCAUGGAUCGAUUUUGCCUUGGACAAACAGGAACUGCAGUGGGUAAAUUGUUGACAGUAGGUGGUGUUGGAGUAUGGUGGGUCGUCGAUGUUAUUCUAUUGGUUACUAAUUCUUUGCAACCUGAAGAUGGAAGUAAUUGGAAUUCUUAUGUAUAGUUAACACAUUGUAUAUAUGUUUGUAUAAAUAUUGUUAAAAAUUUUAUAGCACUGUAAUAUAAAUACAUUGUUUAAGGAUAUACA